CCUGGGCGGUCCCGGGGGUCGCGGGGGGGUCCCGGGGCCGUCCCGAACCCGCUCGGGCCGGGCCGGGCCGGGCCGGGCCGGACGCGCCGCCCCCGCCGGAAGCGGAAGCGGAAGUGGCGGCGGGGGUCACGUGAGGAAGGGUCCGGGAGAUUUCCCGCCGCUGUCUCCCCUCACGGAGGGUCCCGGGGAUAGCGAAACGCCCCCGACCCCCUCACAGGUGAAACCGGGGGGAAGCCCGGGAGCCCGGAGCGGCACCGGGAAGGGGAUGGGGGGAAAUGGGGGCUUUGCCCUCACCAAAGAUGGCGCCGGAGCCGCCGCCUCCCUCACGGCCAAGAUGGCGGCGCGGCACAAGAUGGCGGCGGCUGCCCUCAGCAAAGAUGGCGGCUCUGAGUGAGGUGUGGGGAGGGGGUUAACUCGGGACCAAUCAGAGCCCCGGGAGCGGACCUGGCCACGCCCCCUGGUCACACCCAGAGAGGGGGAUGAAUUUGGGGGAGAGUCGGGAGGGUUGUGACGUCACUGGGGGUGCAGGGAAUCCCGCAGAGCCGAGGGGGGGUCGCUGUUGUCGCCCCCCACCCUUGACCGCCAUUUCGGGUGGCGGCCCCUUUAAGGGCGCCCCACACGUGCGGCCCCGCGUGCUCGCGGCCCCGCCCCCCGGCCCCGCCCGAUCCCUAUUGGCCUAAACUGGGUCAUACCCCGCCCCCCGCGCGCCUCCCCAUUGGCCCAAUGUAGGUCAGGCCACGCCUCCCCGCAUGGCCGCGCCGCCUGACCGCGGUCACGCCCCCCGCGCGCCCAUUGGCUGCGCUCGUCGCCGGGGGCGCGGCCUCGCGAAGAGGGCGGGACUUUUUUAAUUUUCGUGCGGGGGGCGGAGCUUUGUUCGCCGCGGGGGCGUGGCUGGGGGCGGUUCCGACCAAUGGGAGGCGCGCAGCGUGCGCGGGGAGGGCGGGGUUUGUUUUUUUGAGGGGCACGGCUUGAAGAGAGAGCAGGCGAGGAUUGGCUGUUUCCAACGAGGGGCGGGGCCAGAUGAGGACACGCCCCCUCACGGGCGCAGCGCCCCCCGCGGGGCUCGGGCCGAGGGCACCGGGAGGGACCGGAGCAGGGAUGGAGGAACCGGGCGGGAGCCGCGGGGGCUUCCUGGGGGUGCCCCCGCCCCCCCCGCCGUGGGAGCGGCCCGGGCCGCCCCCAGCCCCAAUUGCGGGCGGGGGUCCCGAGCUGGAGUACGUGGACCUGGACGAGUUCCUGCGGGAGCACGGGCUGCCCCCCCCCAGCCCCCCCCGCAGCCCCGAGCCCGAGAGGGGACCCCCACCCCAAAUCGUGGCGGCGCCCCUGUGUCGCGACAGGAGCUCCCCGAACGCCCCUCCCCGGGCCCGCGGGGUCCCUCCCUUGGGGAUCCGCCCCCUAUCGCGACAGCCCGCCCCCUAUCGCGACAGCCCCGCCCCCGAUCGCGACGGUAACCCCGCCGCUCCCCGCAGCCCCGGGCCCCCCCCGGGCCCCCCCGGAGGCCGAGGCGGAGGCGCUGGGGGGGGGGUCCCGGGGGGGGGCCCCUUCGACCCGCGGCGGCUCCGCUUCUCGCAGGAGGAGCUGCGGCCGCAGCCCAUCGCCCGCAAGGCCCGCAAGGUGCACGUGCCCGAGGAGCAGAAGGACGAGAAGUACUGGAGCCGCCGCUCUCGGAACAACGCGGCCGCCAAGCGCUCGCGGGACGCGCGGCGCCUCAAGGAGAACCAGAUCUCGGUGCGGGCGGCGUUCCUGGAGCGCGAGAACGCCGCGCUGCGCCUCGAGGUGGCCGCGGCCCGCCGCGAGCUCCAGCGCUUCCGCGCCAUCCUGGCGCGCUACGAGGCGCGCCACGGCCAGAUCUGAGCGGGCUGGGGGUCUGGGACCCACCUGGAGGGGUCUGGGGUGGUCCCAGGUGACCCAGGAUGGCCCCAGGUGAUCCAGGUCUGACCCAGGACAGCUCCAGAACAGCUCCAGCGCUUCCGCGCCAUCCUGGUGCGCUACGAGGCGCGCCACGGCCAGAUCUGAGCGAUCCCGGGAUCCUCGAGGGGUCUGGGACCCACCUGGAGGGGGUUGGGACAGCCCCAGGUGAUCCAGGAUGGCCCCAGGUGAUCCAGGACUGACCCAGGACUGACCCAGUUCAGCUCCAGCGCUUCCGCGCCAUCCUGGUGCGCUACGAGGCGCGCCACGGCCAGAUCUGAGCGAUCCCGGGAUCCUCGAGGGGUCUGGGAUCCACCUGGAGGGGGUUGGGACGGCCCCAGGUGACCCAGGAUGGCCCCAGGUCUGACCCAGGACGGCCCCAGGUGAUCCCAGACUGCCCUGGAGGGAUUUGGGACCGCACUGAGAGCCGGCGGAGAUUUGGGGACGGUUUGGAGAGAUUUGGGAGCGCUCCAGGAGCUCCGGGAACGCCGGAUCCCACGGGACAGCGGGGGAGCCCUGGAGGAUCCCGGGCUGGGGAUCCCAACUGGAUCCAGGACUGGGAUCCAGCACCGGGACCUGGAUCCAGAACUGGGAUCCAGAACUGGGAUCCGGGACCCAGCACCAGAUCCAGAACCGGGAUCCAGCGAUGGGACCCAGAACCGGGAUCCAGUACGAAAAUCCAGAACUGUGAUCCAGUGAGGAGAUCCAGAACCAGGGCCUGGCACCGGGACCCAGUGAGGAGAUCCAGAACCAGGGCCUGGCACCGGGACCCAGUGAGGAGAUCCAGAACCAGGGCCUGGCACCGGGACCCAGUGAGGAGAUCCAGAACCAGGGCCUGGCACCGGGAUCCAGUGAGGAGAUCCAGAACCAGGACCUGGCACUGGGACCCAGCACCGGGAUUUCAGCACCGGGAUCCAGUGAUGAGAUCCAGAACCAGGAUCCAGUGAAAAGAAUUCCAGAAUUGGGAUCGAGAACCAGGACCUGGCACUGGGAUCCAGAACUGGGCCCAGCAACACAUCCAGAACCAGGAUCCAGUGAGAAGAUCCAGAACUGGGACCCAGAACCAGGAUCCAGUGAUGGGAUCCAGAACCGGGAUCCAGUGAGAAGAUCCAGCACCAGGACCCAGAACCGGAUCCAGAUCCGGGAUCCAGUGAGAAGAUCCAGAACCAGGACCCAGAACCGGAUCCAGAUCCGGGAUCCGGCACCAGGACCCAGCCCCCCCCCCCCCAACCCCAUCCCCGGGAUCUCCCACCCUGGGGGAGGAGGGGCACUGGGACUGAGACCCCUCCCCCCCUGGGACCCCCCUGGCUCCCCCUUCCCCCCUCCCUAUUUAUUCCCAGCCCCCCCCCCGGGCUGGAUCAAAGCACAAAUUUGGGUGGGGGGUCCCGGGGGUCUCCCCUCCCCCAGUGACCAUUCCCAGUUCAGGCCAGUAGCGUUACUGGGGUGGGGGGAGGGGCGCCCCCGCCACCCCUCCCCCUCCCCGGAAUCUCUCUGCCCCCUCCCCCCCAGCACUUUGACCACUUUACUGCCCCGCCCCCCACCCAGCACGAGGGAUUUUGGGGGGGGGGUCGCGGAUUUUGUACAGAAUUAAAACAAAAAAAAAUCAACAAAAAA